AAAUCGUCUAAGGAGAAAUCAAUAGAUGAUUGGUUGCCCAUCACCUCCUCGAGGAAUGCCAAAUGGUACUACUCCGCUUUUCAUAACAUAACCGCCAUGGUUGGAGCCGGCGUCCUUUCACUUCCCUAUGCAAUGUCGGAACUUGGCUGGGGUGCUGGGAUUUGUGUAUUGGUCUUGUCAUGGGUGAUCACACUCUACACAUUAUGGCAAAUGGUGGAGAUGCAUGAAAUGGUCAAGGGCAAACGGUUCGAUCGUUACCACGAAUUAGGUCAACACGCGUUUGGUGAGAAGUUAGGGUUAUACAUCGUCGUACCACAACAACUAACGGUUGAAGUGAGUACAUGCAUAGUUUAUAUGGUCACGGGAGGAAAGUCUUUACAAAAGGCACACGAGAUGUUUUGCAAUGAUUGUCAACCUAUAAUGCUUACCUAUUGGAUAAUGAUAUUCGCAUCCAUUCAUUUUUUCCUUUCACAUCUUCCCAAUUUUAACUCACUCGCUGGGGUCUCCUUCCUCGCCGCAGCCAUGUCACUCACAUACUCGACAAUAGCAUGGAUAGCAUCCUUGAAAAAGGGGAUUCAAGAAGGUGUUAGCGAUGUUCAAUAUAGCUCGAGGGCAAGUUCUAAGGCCGGAGAAGUGUUCAACUUUUUCAACGCGCUUGGUGACGUGGCGUUUGCUUACGCCGGCCAUAACGUUGUGCUAGAGAUCCAGGCCACGAUCCCUUCCACGCCAGAGAAACCUUCCAAGGGUCCCAUGAUGAAGGGUGUCAUUGUGGCCUAUAUCGUCGUGGCAUUAUGUUACUUCCCCGUGGGAUUCAUCGGGUAUUAUGUAUUUGGAAAUUCCGUCGAUGAUAACAUCCUUAUCUCCCUCGAGAGGCCCCAAUGGAUUGUAGGCCUUGCUAACAUAUUCGUUGUCAUCCACGUAAUCGGUGGAUACCAGAUUUUUGCGAUUCCAGUGUUUGACAUGAUCGAGACAUUCUUGGUAAAGCAAUUGGAGUGGAAACCUACUUCAUGGCUUCGAUUUUCUGUUCGCACCAUAUACGUUGGACUCACAAUGUUCAUUGCUAUGUGCAUCCCUUUCUUUGGUGGAUUGUUGGGAUUCUUUGGUGGAUUUGCUUUGGCACCAACCUCAUACUAUCUUCCUUGCAUAAUGUGGCUAACAAUUUACAAGCCCAAGAAGUUUGGAUUAUCAUGGUGGGCAAAUUGGGUGUGUAUAAUAAUUGGUGUGUUCUUAACCAUUCUGGCUCCCAUUGGUGGGUUGAGGACUAUCAUCAUUUCAGCCAAGAACUACAAAAUGUUUUCGUAG